CCGCACCGGUUCACUUGGGCGAUUAGUACGCGAUCUGCCAGUGUGAAAAUAUUGCGCCGUUCUUAAUUAUUGUUUCGAGUGGUACCCUGCGGUAGCAAUGAUGAUGUUGCCGAAUUUCAUAACAUUGUCAAGCGUUAUCCGGUGAGGACGUAAGAUCUGGACGUUCAGGUAAGGCGUAGCAAUUCAUCGCCAUGGCAUCGGAGGUGACGGCAACACAAACGGGGUUUCACAAGGCAACCAGCAAUAGUGAUUGUUCUCACUGCGCAAAGGAUAGAAGUUGGUUUUACUGGUGGACAGGCGCAUCGUGCGAUAUGCUGCGAACACUGGAAAAGCGAAUCCUUUCCUAUCUUAAAACACCGUUCCGGGGUAGCUUUGUUGACAUUGGAGAUUGCGUCGGAGAAGCAGACAAACUAUGGACCAUCUCGUUGAACACUAACUCGCAAAACGUGCCGUUAGUUCUUUUGCAUGGUCUCGGUGCCGGUGUUGCCCUGUGGGUGUUAAACUUGGACGCUCUCGCACGCGACCGUCCGGUGUACGCGAUCGAUGUGCUCGGCUUUGGGCGUAGCUCCAGGCCGCGCUUCUCGUCCGAUCCUCUCGUGGUUGAAAAGCAGCUGGUCAAAUCGAUUGAAGAGUGGCGCCGGGAGCUUAACCUGCCGGAAAUGAUCUUGCUCGGGCACUCGAUGGGUGGUUUCAUCGCGGCCAGCUACGCCUUGUCCUACCCGGACCGGCUGCGCCAUCUUAUACUCGCCGAUCCGUGGGGUAUGCCGGAAAAACCGAAAGAUUUCGAAAGCAACGUACGCAUCCGCUUCUGGCUCAAGCCUAUAUUCGCUGUAUCGAAAAUGCUCAACCCACUCUGGGCGAUCCGGCUGGCGGGUCCGUAUGGUUCGUCGCUGGUGGACCGUUUUCGACAAGAUAUUGUGCAGAAAUUUUCAUCGGUCAUCUCGGAUGGGAAGGACAUUUCGGGCUACAUUCAUCAGUGCAAUUCGCAGAAUCCAACUGGCGAGGGAGCAUUCCACGCGAUGAUGCAGGACUUUGCGUGGGCAAAACACCCGAUGCUCAAUCGUUUUGGUGAACUGAAGAGAACCGUCCCGGUGACCGUACUAUACGGCUCCAAAUCGUGGCUGCUGCACACCAACCCACCCGAUACGCUGAAGCAGCUCGGGGAGAAGAGCCAUGUACGCGUUCGGAUCAUCGAUGGAUCGGGCCACCACAUCUAUGCCGACGAUGCCGAAAGUUUCAACCAGAUGGUGAAUGAAGCGUGCCAGACCGUCGAUGGUGACGCUGGUUUGGCAAGCGGUGUUGCGGAACAGAAACCGCAGCAGGAUACGACAAAUCUUUAAAACAUAUCUGUUGCGGCCGAUUCAGUGGCACGUCUAGACAAAGUCCAGGGAAGGAAGGAGUUUCCAGUACUUCCGGGUUGGUCCCAGGUGCAAAUGCAGCGAUUACUGGUGAUGGUUUUGGUGACGAAAUAAUGUGCGUUGUCAUCGCGGUGACCUCAGCAUUACUCAAUGCCAUUUCUCUCGCCCCUCAUCACCGUAUCAGUAUCUGUAAUGGAUUCUUUUUAUUUUUCCAAAAAACGCCAUGUCAUGAUGAGUCGCGUGUGGGUGAUGUGGAUGUUUUCAGAUAGAGUGGGUACCGCGCGCGCUUGGUUACAAAGAGUACAUGUUAACGGCCGCCAGUCGUCGCAAUAGAGCUAGAUAUAUAGAUUUUGACGCACAGCGUCGUAGAGAAGCCGUCGCCAAACCACUACCUCCUAGUGAACGAAUAGUUGGUGAGGAUUGAAAGAUUGGGGUAGUACAGAAAUGAAAUACGAUUGUAUAAUUGAUGCAUUUUUGUCAGUCGCGAUCGCCAAAAACUGAAAACAACAUGCUAUCGUUUAAAUAAUGGUUUUAAUUGUAAUGAAAUAUCUCUUUUUUUAUCAACCUUGAUGACGGCAUCUUUGCACCUUAGCUGUUAGAACACCGACAAAAUGUUUUAUUGUUGCAAUAUUUGACUUUACUUUCAAAAUAGUCACAUGUCAUUUUCAUAUUCAAUUCCAAUAAGUGUCCUUAAUAAGUGUUAAUCAUCUUUCGAGUAAGGUUUUCGUAGUAAGUUAUUUGUUAUUGAAUUCAAUACUAGUUGUAAUCACAGAUGUCUUUAAUUG